AGAAACUUCUCUUCCAGAAGGGGGCAAAGCUCGCGGCCUCGCGCCGGUCGUUCCGGUCCAACGCGGCGACGCCCAAGGCUGCCGUCCCUGGGCUUCCUCCUCCCCCUCACCCCUUCCCCUCGCCAAACCACAGGAAGAAGCGAGCAGGGCACCGAGUUUUCUCGAGCGAUGGCAUCGGCGCCUGCCGAUUCCUACGGGUGCGCGGCGUGCGGCGCGCCCCUGAACCUGUCGGCGGCGCACCUGUACCCGGCGGACUUCUACUUCGAGGCCGGGAACAAGGGCACGCUGUCCUUCUCGUGGGUGGACGAGUCGCGCCUGCGGUUCGCGCCCGAGGACCGCAUCCGCCCCUUCUUCGAGACCCGCAACUACUGGGGCAUCCAGCGGAAGCGCACGCGCAUCAGCUGCGACGCCUGCGGCCACCUGCUUGGCCACGUCUACGACGACGGUCCGCCGGCCAUGCAGGGCACCGGCCAGUUCGGGAUGGGGCCCAGCCAGGUCAUCCCGCGCCGCCCCAGGUACCGCUUCAAGAUCAAGGCCAUCGCCGCCAGCUCCUCGGCACCUGCCGCCGCCGCCUAUGAAAAGUGAUGCUCCAUAGAUUUCUUCAUCUGGUUGCGUGUCCUGUGUGCUGUCGGUGCUGUGGUUCGUGACUUCCUGUAAAUUACGUAGCUUCCUGCAAUUCGCGUCCUGCGUUGUUUUCUUUAGAAACAGUGUGUUUGAAAUGGCAUGCGACUGAAACUAUGAUUGAAAUGGCAUGCGACUUCUAAUAUACACACAAGACAGAAGAUAUAAAUAAAAAACUAUGAUUGAAA